AUGGCGCGCCAAGCAGAGGGUGACACAGCGGGAGCAGAGCUGGGCUGGGAAUCCCCCUGGGCACGUGUUGGUGCCAUCCUGAGCUCCAGCGAGCCAGCUGGGCCUGCCUCAAGGAGCAGUGACACAUCUUCAGACACCUCGGAGGACUCAGACAACCCUUCCUGCCCUCAGGGCCCUGGCUCGGGGGAAACCAUCAAUUACACAUCCCUGGUGUUCCCAGAGAAACGCCACGAGCCAGGCUCUGCCCAGGACUACGAGAACGUGAAGGCUGGCAUGGAUUAUGUCAACGUGGACCCAAAGAAGAGGAAAACACACUUCUGGCCCUUCUCCAGCCCCAGGGCAUCCAAGGGUGUGGAGUACACCGAGGUGAAGCUGUGA